CCGCCCGCAGCUCCGGUAGAGAGACCAUGGCCCGGGCGGCGCGCUUUGCGUGGUUUCUUGGCUUGAGCCGGUGCGCCCUGACGGAGGGGUCGCGCACACGACCCUGGCCACCAAUCUCGGCGCAGAGGUGGGCUGGCUUCACCAGGGCGGCGGCAGGGAGCCCGGGCCCCGCGGUCCGCAAGGGGAGCCCGCGGUUGCUGGGGGCGGCGGCUCUGGCCCUGGGCGGCGCGCUGGGGCUGUACCACACCGUGCGGUGGCACCUGCGCUCUCAGGACCUUCACGCCGAGCGCUCGGCCGCACAGCUGUCCCCGUCCAGCCAACUGCAGCUGACCCUGUACCAGUACAAGACAUGUCCCUUCUGCAGCAAAGUCCGUGCCUUCCUCGACUUCCACUCCCUGCCCUAUCAGGUAGUGGAGGUGAACCCUGUCAGAAGGACUGAGAUCAAGUUCUCCUCCUACAGGAAGGUGCCCAUCCUGGUGGCCCAGGAAGGAGACAGCUCGCGACAGCUGAACGACUCCUCCGUCAUCAUCAGUGCCCUCAAGACCCACCUGGUUUCAGGGCAGUCCUUGGAAGAGGUCAUCACCUAUUACCCACCCAUGAAGGCCAUGAACGACCAGGGCAAGGAGGUGACCGAGUUCUGCAACAAGUACUGGCUCAUGCUGGAUGAGAAGGAGGCCCAGCGGAUGUAUGGCGGGAAGGAAGCCAGGACGGAGGAGAUGAAGUGGCGGCAGUGGGCAGAUGACUGGCUGGUGCACCUCAUCUCCCCCAACGUCUACCGGACACCCACCGAAGCCCUGGCUUCCUUCGACUACAUUGUCCGUGAGGGAAAGUUUGGGGCUGUGGAGGCCACCAUGGCCAAGUAUGUGGGUGCAGCUGCCAUGUACCUCAUCAGCAAGCGCCUCAAGAGCAGGCACCACCUGCAGGAUGAUGUACGUGCAGACCUCUAUGAGGCAGCCAACAAGUGGGUGACCGCAGUGGGCAAAGACCGGCCGUUCAUGGGGGGCCAGAAGCCUAAUCUUGCUGACCUGGCAGUGUAUGGUGUGCUGCGAGUGAUGGAGGGCCUGGAGGCAUUCGAUGACCUGAUGCGACACUCACGCAUCCAACCUUGGUACCUGCGGAUGGAGCGGGCCAUUGAGGAAGCCCCAUCAAUGCACUGAGUCCCCGCCAGCUGCAGAGACUAGCGCUGAGGGGUCAGGACCUCCUGACCAGCCCCUGGCCAUGCCGUAGGGGGCAGAGUCAUUUUGUCUCUGGUCCACCCAGCCCCCUGGCCCUCUACUGGACAUUACUAGGGACCUUGCCACUGGAGACAAGGCCCAGGCUCACAGCUGUUCUUAGGGUAACGAGGUCAGGGGUUGCAGAGGACUGACUGCCUUCCAGCCCCAGUUCCAGGGGCCUGCUCUCUCAGCAGGGAUUCCUUUUAAGCUCUCCCAGUGCUCCUGGACUCCCUGUUAGCAAGUAUCAGACUGGCUCCCACCCUGGACCAGGGGAGGGCAGUCGCAUUAGGGAAAGCCCGGUUCCUAGUUCCAGUUCUUCCCAGGUACGCCUGGGACUGUUGUAUUUCCAAUAAAGGAGAUGUCUGCUGCUCUCUCAGGCAGCCA